AUCCAUAAUUUAAUCAUCUUAAUUCCAAAUCCAACUAAUUUUAUUCACUUUUAAUUACAAAUCUUUUCUGUGUGUAAUUCGCUUUUAUUGAGAAGCAUCCAAUAUAGUUCUCUGUUAUUAUUGUUGGAAUAAAAUAAGCAAAUGCCCCAACUAUAAGAUGCACCACCUUUCGUCAAAAGUUCACCUUCACUCGCUGUCGCUAAUUCCUCUCUUCUCUGCUUCGAAAUUUUGAUUUUUGAUGGAUGCAACAAAGGGAUUGGAGGUUCCAGGUGAGACCCUUGAAGCAGAAGUGAAAGCCUUUUUUGAUUCUGCUCCUCCUUUGCAGAACAGUGAUAGAAUAACUCAGCAGUUAGAUGAGUUCAUUAAACGCAAUUCUUCUCCUUCAGAAAAUGGGAAAGCGAGGAGAAUUGUUUGUGUGACUUCUGGUGGCACCACUGCUCCGUUGGAACAACGUUGUGUUCGGUACGUUGACAAUUUCAGUUCGGGUCACAGAGGGGCCACAUCCACAGAGUAUUUUUUGAAGGCUGGAUAUGCUGUUAUCUUUCUUAACCGGAAGGGAAGUUUCCAGCCAUUUUGUAGAUCUCUUCCUGAUGAUCCUUUACUUGAAUGCUUCAAGCCCACCGAUGAGUCGAACAUUCAAGUUUGCGAGGCUUAUUCGGAAGCAGUGACGAGGGCUGUCGUGGAUCAUCACACUGCAGUGGCAGGUGGUCUCUUGUUGAAACUACAUUUCAACACCAUAUUUGAGUAUCUCCAGAUGUUACAAAUUAUUGCAGUGUCAUUGAGGUGUAUUGGCCCGCGUGCAAUGUUCUAUCUUGCUGCUGCAGCGUCCGACUAUUAUGUUCCUUGGAAGGAAAUGGUAGAGCACAAAAUUCAGUCAGGAUCUCACCUCUUGGACGUGAAACUAGUUAAUGUCCCAAAAAUGUUGUCGGUACUCAGGAAUGAUUGGGCUCCUCUUGCUUUCUGCAUAUCUUUCAAGUUAGAGACAGAUUCAAACAUUCUUCUAAAGAAGGCUAGUGCAGCUCUUGAAAAGUACAAGAUGGAUGCAGUAGUUGCAAAUGAACUCUCAUCUCGCAAGGAGCAAGUGGUGGUUGUCACUAGUGCUGAGAAUGUUGUUGUUAAGCGUGAUAAGAGUCGGUCAGAUAAUGAUGUAGAGAAUCCCCUGAUUAAACUUCUUUCAGAGAAACAUGCGAGUUACAUUGAGCAUCCCGGUAGAUGAAUCUAGGGAAUGACUUUGGCUACUCGUGGUUGCAGUUUGGGCACUAAAAUUCGUUGCAUCAUCAACAUGAAUAAAAGGGAGAAGAAUUAGACAGUAUGGAUACAGCACAGGGCUACAGACGAAAGGAACUGUAACAGAAAACAACAGUUCUAACCUUAGUUUUGUCAUUUUGCAAUUAUUUAUAAAUUUUGUAUUUUACUUCUUGUGAUU